AUGUCCGACCUUUACGAGGACCCAGGGUUUUUGGAGUGGGUGGCACGAGACGAGGCUUUUCAGUACGGCGCCCAAGACUUCAUCCAGACUCACCCACCGGCUGGAAUGACACCAUUCACGAGAGGAGCACUUCACAACCUGGUUUUCAGUUACUACGGAACCAGUCGAGACCUCCGGAUGCAAGGCCAGAUCCUGGCGCUUCACAACAUGUACAAUCUCGAAGGGCUCAUGGACAUGGAUCUCCUUGACACUGUCCGCGCCAACGUCGAAGCAAACAGAACCACGGGCCCUGGCCCAAACACUCCAAGUCAGCCAGCCACUCCAAGUCAGCCUGCAACGCCCUCGGGAGGGCUAGACAAUCAGACCACAGGCAAUCAGACACCGCGACAACCCUCCCCUUUGAGUAACGCGACCCAAUCUCCGCGCCACCAUGCAGGCACAGGCUCAGGCACAAAUUCCCCGAUCAAAUGCCAUCCGGCUGAUCUCCAGCACAUCGUCGCCAUUGCAAACCGGUCAAAGGACUGGAUGUACAAGUGCGACGCUUGUGGCCAUGAAAUCCUGUACCGUGGUGAAUUCGUGCGACACAUGAAGGACCGCCUAGGGCGAGUGGGCUUCGACAUUGUGAGGGCAACUCCGGAGACAGAGGACCGCUGGUAUGGGGUGGAUGCCGCGGGAAAUGAAUACGUGGGGAUGCUUGUUGCGAAGAUUGGGACGGGAGAGAGGAAUCGCCAACGAAUGAGAUCCCCAUGCCGACACAGAUAG